ACGUCAACGUCUCUUUUCUCUUCCAUCCUCCGCAAACCCUUUGCAACUCUCAUUCAUAAGACCAUCGAACCAUCGCGAUCAUGGGCUACACAGACGUUGAUAAGCUGGCUAUCAACACCAUCCGGCUUCUAGCCGUCGAUGCCACCUUCAAGUCCAACUCGGGCCAUCCCGGAGCUCCUAUGGGAAUGGCCCCAGUUGCCCAUGUCCUGUUCAACAAAAUCAUGAACUAUAACCCCAAGAACUCAAAAUGGAUCAAUCGGGAUAGAUUCGUUCUCUCCAACGGUCAUGGUUGCAUGCUCCAAUAUGCUCUCCUCCAUCUCUGCGGCUACAAGUUGUCGAUGGAUGACCUUAAGGCUUUCCGAACAUUAGACAGCGUCACUCCCGGUCACCCAGAGGCUCAUGACACCGACGGCAUCGAGGUCACGACUGGACCUCUUGGACAAGGGUUCUCCAAUGCUGUUGGUCUUGCCAUUGCCCAACACCACGCAUCAGCCGAAUUCAACAGGCCUGGGUUUGAACUGUUCAACCACUACACAUAUACUUUCUUGGGUGAUGGAUGCAUGAUGGAGGGUGUGGCCAGUGAGGCCGCCUCCCUUGCAGGUCAUCUGCAACUAGGCAACCUCAUUGCGAUCUACGAUGACAACCAUAUCUCUAUUGACGGUGACACCAACUGUGCUUUCACUGAAGAUGUGGUAAAGCGAUUCGAAGCUUAUGGCUGGCACACCGAGAUCGUUGAAGACGGUGACCAUGACCUAGAGGCUAUGGAAGCAGCGAUCAAGAAGUGCCAGGCUGUCAAAGACAAGCCCUCUUUGAUCAAGCUCCGAACCACUAUUGGCUUCGGUUCAAAGAUGCAAGGUACUGGUGGUGUUCACGGCUCCCCUCUCAAGGCAGAUGACAUCAAGCAAGUCAAGAUCAAGUUCGGGUUUGAUCCCGAGAAGACAUUCGUCGUUCCCCAGGAGGUAUAUGACCUCUACCACAAGCGCGGUGCCGAGGGUGCUGCGAAAGAGCAGGAGUGGGAGCAGCUGCUCGCGAAAUAUAGCCAAACGUACAAGGCUGAAGCAGCAGAUCUCAAGCGUCGUCUGACUGGAGAUCUUCCAGAAGGUUGGGAGAAGAACCUUCCAACAUACUCUCCCUCGGAUGCUGCUGUGGCUACCAGAAAGCUUUCUGAGACAGUCCUCACCAAGAUUCACCAAGCAAUUCCAGAGCUUGUUGGUGGCUCUGCUGAUUUGACCAGCUCUAACUUGACAAGAUGGAAAGAUGCCGUUGAUUUCCAGCCCCCGUCUUUGGGUAUUGGUGACUGGUCUGGACGCUACAUCCGAUAUGGUGUACGUGAGCACGCCAUGGGCGCUAUCAUGAACGGUCUCGCUGCAUAUGGAACAGUCAUUCCAUACGGCGGUACAUUCUUGAACUUCGUCUCAUACGCUGCUGGCGCUGUGCGUCUGUCUGCCCUGUCUCAUGUUCGCGUUAUCUGGGUCGCUACUCACGACUCUAUUGGUCUUGGUGAGGAUGGUCCUACGCAUCAACCUAUUGAGACCCUGGCUCACUUCCGUGCGCUUCCCAACUGCAUGGUUUGGCGUCCAGCUGAUGGAAACGAGACCAGCGCAGCCUACUACGUUGCGUUGACCGCCAAGCAUACUCCUAGCAUCAUUGCUCUGUCCCGUCAAAACCUUCCACACCUCGAGAACUCCACCAUCGGAAAGGCUAUCAAGGGUGGUUACGUCGUUUCCGAGGCCGAGAAGGCGGACAUCACCCUCGUCUCCACUGGAUCCGAGGUUGGCAUCUGUGUUGAUGCAGCCAAGUAUCUCAAGGAGAAACACAACUUGACGGCACGUGUGGUGUCUAUUCCAUGCUUUGAGGUCUUCGAUACUCAGUCUAAGGAGUACAGACUCAGUGUCCUCCCAGAUGGAAUCCCCUCCCUGUCAGUUGAAGUCAUGUCAACCAUGGGCUGGGAACGAUACACUCAUGAGCAAUUCGGUCUCAACAGAUUUGGUGCUAGUGGUGCUUACAAGGAUGUUUACAAGAAGUUUGAAUUCACCCCUGAAGGCAUUACGAAGCGUGCUAUCGCUACUAUCGACUUCUACAAGGGUGUUCCAAACCUUCGUUCCCCCAUUAACCGUGCUUUCCAACAACUCAUCUAAAUCGGGUAUAAAUGGUGUGUCAUUGGGGAGUAGAGAUGCGUGUAUAGCAGGCAGAUAGACCAAGAAAAUUGACAUUUUGCGAGAUAUGGACCAAGCCAUUCUGAUUGCUAUGAAGUGAGCUAGCUCUACAGCUAUAGAUUCCGAAUAUCAGGGAUUGACCACGACUGAUUAUUUUUCGACCGCCUGGUGCCGCACCUGAGGAUUGGACUUAUAUUCCUUGCAUUCAUCUAUUUCAAGAA